CCAUUCUGCACUGAACAACCAUGAAUCCUCUCCGAACCACCUUGAAGUCCGUGGAGAAAAGUCUCCGGGUCCCCAAGUGUGCGCGGUGCAGGAAUCACGGGACGAUCGCCUGGCUGAAGGGACACAAGCGGCUCUGUCCAUUCCGAGACUGUUCCUGCGCUAAGUGCAUCCUGAUCUCGGAGAGACAGCGGGUGAUGGCGGCGCAAGUGGCUCUGAAGCGGCGGCAGGCGGCCGAGGAAGUAGUCGCCCUUGGUCUCCGGGCUUGCUCGCCGCUUGGCUGCCUCCCCCCAGGACCAAUAUUCCCUGAAGGAAUCGCAAACAUCUACAAAGCAGAAAAUUCAGAUCAACUCAGGAUGGCUGUGCUGAAGAGCGAGAAAAGCGCAGUUCAAGUGGACGAUUUGGGAAGUCAGUUCAAUUGUUCCGAGAAAUUGAACCGGACGGACGAGAGAGGUAGGUUUCCCUUCAGCUCCGUGCUCGCCACGCAGAGCAGCGGGAUACAGGCCCGCCGAGCCAGACUGAGACCCAUUGAGAUACUUCAGCGACUCUUCCCGUCUGAGCAGCAAUCAGUCCUGGCUUUACUUCUCCAAGGCUGCAAUGGAGACGUGGCGACGGCGAUAGAGUACUUCUUGUCAGCCGGGGAUGCGGUGAUGAACGUUCACCUCGUGUCCCGGGUGAGUGAACUGUGUCCUGCCAGUAACCCAGCGAAUGGAAUCAAUCCUCAGCCGGUUAGAAAGCUGAACUUUGGAGGCAUAAACUCGGCAUUCACUCCUCUGCACAGUCCGGUCACCACCGACGCAGUUUUCCGGUACAGAAGGUCCACUGUAUCUCUCGCUAUGGACUCGAGAAAUCCAUUCUUCUCUUCAUAUACAUUGCCUGGAGUCGGGUACUCGCCAAUGGGUCUUUUACUGCCGUGCAGUCCAAUUCCAACCUGCUUUUCCAGCACUUCUGGCGGAUACCAUCCGGAUAACCAAUAAGUCAGGCAGCAGUACUUAUAACUGGCAAGAGUUAUUUCAAUACGUUAAAAAGAUCAGCCUGACGAUAUAAAUCAAAAAUAGCGUGACAGUAAACCCGCGGAAGCAGUUUGUCACGCGAUUGGGGUGUGUUGAAAAGG